AUGGGGGUGUACAAAAAGUUGCUGUCCUGUGAAGAUUUUGAUACCAGCUUCCCCAAUUUACAGUAUCUGAGUUUAGCUCACUGCAGAAAAUUCAGAGACAAAGGUUUACUGUACCUGGGCUCUGGAAAAGGCGGUCACAAGCUCAUCUAUUUGGACCUUUCCAGUUGCAUUCAGAUUUCAGAUGAUGGCUUCAGAAAUAUUGCAAAUGACUGUAGUAGGAUUCAAGAUUUGCUAAUCAACAAAAUGCCAGCUCUUACAGACAGAUGUAUUCAAGCUCUGGUUGAAAAAUGCUGACAGAUAAUGUCUGUUGUCUUUCUUGACUGUCCACAUCUUUCUGAUACAACUUUUAAAGCUCGUGCUGAAUGUUAACUUGUCAAGGUCAGCAUUGAAGGGAAUAAUGAAAUUACUGCUUUAAGUCUCAAGUUGAUGAGUAAAUGCUGCCCAUAUUUCAGGCGCGUUCACAUGGCUGAUUGCCAGAGGAUUACAGAUGCUGCUCUUAAGAUGAUUUUGCCAUUGAAGCAUAUUCUUGUACUGGAUGUAGCAGACUGCAUAAGAUGUCAUGAAUUGACCUACGUAAAUCUGCGUUACUGUGAAAAUGUGACUGAUGCUGGAGCUGAAGCUUUGGGAAAUAUGUCGUCAUUGAUAUCCAUUGGUAUCUCUGGAACCAGCAUCUGAGACUUGGGCUUGACAGCCCUUAGCUGCCAUGGAAAAAUAAAGAAACUUUCUAUACUAGAACGCAAAACCAUCAGAGAUACUGGGAUUCAUGAGUUCUGCGAGGGCACAAAACACCUGGAACACUGCCACGUCUCUUCCUGCCCUCAGCUGACGGAUGGAGCUGUGACAGCGAUGGCAUUUCACUGCCGCACACUCACAUCUGUCAACAGAGCGGGUUGCCCAAAGAUGACUGAUACUUGUAUCCCACACUUGGCUGCAGCCUGCCAUUAUUUCCACUUCUUGGAUGUCUCGGGUUGCGUUCAUCUUACUGACAAAGCACUGAAAUAUCUUUGGAAAGGUUGUAAGCAACUCCAGAUUCUCAAACUAUACUGUAGAAAUACGACCAAACAAGAUGUCUUGAAAUACACAGCCAAACAUAAUGAUGCUGACCCUCCUUCCUGGUUUGGUUAUGGCCGGGAUGGUAACAUAUCCCCUUCACCAAAAAACACACAUCAGAGCCUGAAUAAACAAAUUCUUCAAAACGAAAGAUGA